AGGCCACAGCCCUCCCGUCGCCAGCCACAGUCGUCCUGCCGCAAGCAGGGGACACCGCUAGCGGCGCACCCAAUGUGCUCAACGACGAGUCCACAAGGUAAUUGAUGUCUGAUUUGGUGUGAUUCGUAGAAACCCCCAUGCUUCGUUCAUGGACCUCCUAGAUGAGGUUGACACUGGCGCUCCUCCACUUGCUCCGUUCAGCGGUAACGGUGAGGCGGAAGAGGUGGACGAUGAGGCCGGUGAAGAUGACGGUGAAGACGACGAGGGUGGUGAAGAUGAAGACGAAGAUGUGGUCGAGGUCGAUGCGGCUAAUCAAAAAGUGAAGAAAAGAAGGGCCAACAACUACAUGGAGAUAGAAGAUGCAACAUUGUGCCGGGCUUGGGCCGCCGUGGGGAUGGAUGCGGUCUCCGGCACCAUUCAAACCGGGAAGCGGUACUGGCAACACAUCGAAGAUAAGUUCCAUAAACUCAUGCCUCGCGUUCGGCAUCCUGUCGAUCGCACAUACCGAUCCCUCCAAGGUCGUUGGGACGCGAUCAAACCGGCAUGUAGCCGUUGGUCAGCGGCAAUGGAUCAAGUAACGGCGAAUCCUCCUAGUGGUGCAACUAUUGACCAAUAUGACCGCAUUGCGGAUGCUAGGUAUAGAGACAUGGCCGGCAGCAAGGGCAAAAGCUUUACAAUGAGGCAUUGCUUUGAUGUGCUUCAACACCUUCCCAAGUGGAAGUUGAGGGAUCAAGUAACAGCACCAAAGAAAGCUGACAUGGUGAACAUGGAUGAUAGUGAGGAUGAGAAAGAUGGCAGGAACAAUGACAAGCCCGAGGGAAGCAAGAAGGCCAAAGAGAGGUUGAAGCUUGAGGGGGAGGCAGCAUUGUUGAGGGACAAAUUCGAUCAUAUGAUGAAGUCGAAGGAGGCAAUAGCGGUGAAGACAUUGGAGGCAAAGCUUGUCAUUACGGAGAAUAAGACAGUGGUGAAGCUUGCAAAAGUUGAAGCCAUCCGAGAAGAAGCAAGGAACAAGGCCAAGUUGGAGGAGAUGAAGAUCAAUGUGAAGAAAGCCAAGGAAAUGAAGGAGCUAUUGGCUCAAGAGAGGGAUGUCCACGAAGGACAUGAAUGA